AAUCAUAUCGGGCUGGAGGAUCGGCCCACAACAAUUCACUUGACCGCGACAAAACCCAAGCCCCUAUCUCGUCCCAUCGGGCCUCCCUUCUCUUUCCCAAUCACGGGAACCAAGAAAGCGAACGCGCGCACGCGCGAGAGGUAAACUACCUGCUAAUAAAGCCAGGAGGCGAAGCAUUUUAAACGACAAAAUCUCAAGGAGGGAUUUUAGGAGAAGGCUCGGAGUGGAAAGCAGUCGAGAAAGAGAGAGAUUUCGAGAGAGGGAGAAGAACAGAAAUGCAGCGUUACGAUGACAGCGCGGGCCGCUUCCCGUCCGAUCCGAAUCGGAUGGCCGCAAGCCUCCCCCUGGUGAUCUCUCUCAACUGCCUCGAGGACCCGUCCCUCGAGCAGGAGGGCCUCGAAGGCGUCGCCGCCGUCGAGCACGUUGGCCUCUCCCACCUCGCCGACGGCCGGAUCGAGUCCGCCGCCGCCAUCCUCGCCCACUCCCCCGCCUUCCUCCCCCGCGCCGCCCAGCGCCGCCUCCGCCCAUGGCAGGUCGUCCUCUGCCUCGGCUCUGCCGACCGCGCCCUCACUCCGUCCUCGCCGCCGACCUCGGCCUCCGCCUCGUUCACGUCGACGCCGGCCGCGCCGAGGAGGUCGCCGACACUGUCACGGCCCUCUUCCUCGGCCUCCUCCGCCGGACCCACCUCCUCUCCCGCCACUCCACCUCCUCCUCCGCCUCCGGCUGGCUCGGAUCCAUCCAACCCCUCUGCCGCGGGAUGCGCCGCUGCCGCGGUCUCGUGCUCGGGAUCGUCGGGAAGUCCGCUUCCGCCCGCUGUCUCUUCACCAGGAGCCUAGCCUUCAAGAUGAGCGUCCUCUACUUCGAUCUCCACCACGAGAUCAUCAUGCAAGUCUGAACAUGAAGCAAAAGGAUUCUGCUAUGGUCAUUGGCUGGAUUCUGCAGAUUUUGGAAGGAGGAGGUCAACGAUUACUAUCCGUUGCUAAGAGAUAUUCGGACCAUGGUUUGUGGUGGGAUGGUGUUUUAGGCGAAGCAUGUGUUCAGAGAGGCCACUGGAGCUGCAAAUUGGAUGGCUUCUUUUGUUGCCAACUAUUCUA